UAGGUAGAUUUUUUGCAGAUAAAUUAUGGUAUACAUAGAAGUUUACUUGAUCACGGUCAGUGGCAACACUGACCCCAGCCGUGUAAUAUGGCCGCUACAGGCAAAAAAUCAAAGAAGUCGAAAUGGAUAAAGGCGAACAUCACAGACAUUAUCGCGGAGCCGACUACAAUCCCCGCGACAAACAGCUGGGCAGAGCCUGGAGAUGAUGGAGAACAGGAGACUGGUGGCUACGGCUAUGCUUCGAGGCAGCGGGCCCCGGUGGUACUGCCGUCGGCGUCGCGUGCCGCCCGGGGCGGGCUCGCGGUCGACGACGAAUCCAUACCCAAGAAGCCACCAUACAUUGCUCAUAUUUCCAACUUGCCUUAUGAUGUGGAGGAGAGCGCAAUAGCAGAAUUAUUUGCCGGACUCAAGAUAAUCAGCUUGAGACUGCCAAGGGAAAGUGAUCGCCUGAAAGGCUAUGGCUAUGUGGACUUUGAAGAUAGAGAGAGCCUUAUAAAUGCUAUGAAUAUUCCAGAUCUGACAAUAAGCGGGCGGCGCAUAAGAAUAUGCGUAUCGACACAAGAGACCGAUCGCCGUAUGGGACGCAGUGGUCGCUCUGACAGAGACAGGGAAUAUGAUCCGGAGCGUACCAUGGGAGACUGGAGAUCCGGUCCAAGAGCACAGCCGGAGCCCACAAGCCGCCCGCGUCCAAUGGAAAGGGAAAACAUGCGGGAAAGAGAAAGAGAACGAGACUCGAGUGCCGACAACCGGCCCGGAGGCUGGAGAGACGGCGACCGGCCGGCGCCGGAACCGGCACGGACGCCUUACGGCGGCCGUGACUCGUUCGGACGGGACCGCUUCGGAGAAGACCGUGGCAGAGAGCGCAGUGGCUUCGGCGGUCGCGAAGGAUUCCGCCCUGCCGAUCGCGAGGGAGGAGGGUUUGGUAAUCGGGAAGGCAGAGGUUUCGGUGGAAGAAACUUUGGUGAUCGUGACCGCGAUCCCCCAAAAGAAGAUUCGAAGCCCCGCGAACGGCCCAAACUGAACCUUCUACCCCGCACAGUGCCGAGGGAAGCAGAACUACCCACCAAGCCUGCAGACGGCGCUCCCUUAGAAACCAACCCCGCAUCAACCCCCGCGGCUAAACCCGUGCCUGCUGAGAAAGUGUUCGGCGCGGCUAAACCCGUAGACACUGCCGCCAAGGAGCGUGAAAUAGAAGAACGCCUUUUGAAACAGGAGGAAGAAUCUAGACGUGCAGCUGAAGAAAAGGAGCGUUGGGGUCGUAGGAACGAUCAUUCCGGUGACCGUCGUGGCGGUGCGAGACGUGAUGAUCGUGGCAGAGACUCGCGCAGCUACAACAGAGACCGGCGCGAUUAUUCUAAAGACGACAACGAUAGGCGCGACGAUCGCCGUCGCGAUUACUCUAAAGACGAUAGAGAUGGCCGCGAAUACUCUAGCAAAGACGACCGAGACCGUCGCGAUUACUCUAAAGACGAUAGAGUUUGUCGCGAUUACUCUAAAGACGAUAGAGACCGUCGCGAUUACUCAAAAGAUGACAGAGAACGCCGCGAUUACUCUAAAGAUGACAGAGAACGCCGCGAUUACUCAAAAGACGAUAGAGAUCGUCGUGAUUAUUCGAAAGAUGAUAAAGACCGUCGCGAUUACUCUAGAGGCGAGAGGGACAGGCGCGAUUACAAGGACGACAGAGACCGACGAGAGCCGAGGGACGACAGACGUGAAUCCAGAGACGAAGCAGAUAACGAUGACCGGGAGAAGCGGGAAUACUCCCCCGACAGGCGGGAGAGCAGAGACGAUAGGGAACGCCGCGAUUCUAGGGACAAGGAUAUAAGACGGAACGGAUCAUCAGAGAGAGAGGAGAAGCCGCGCGACGAACGGAACGGCCGCCCGAGCCGCUCCAGGGACCGCACUGAUCAGCCCGAGGACAAACCAUUGCCCAAGUUGAAGGAACAAGAGAAACCGAUAUUCGUAGCAUCAAACAAAUUCAGCUUCUUAGAAGACGCCGACGACGGCGGAUCAGAUUAACAAGCCACCCGCGUAAACGUUGCCGUUACAGAGACAAUAGUGUGUAAAGUGUUAAAUUGACGAGUAUCAAGUGUCACGUGGGGGACUCCCCCACACCACUGGGACUGGCUGAAUUGUGCUAUGACAUAGGACUCGACUAGAGUUAGUGCGGUGUGUGGAUAAACGUGUAUAUUAGGGGUCGCUACAUGCUCACACUGCUUCGAGGCCAGCCCCAGUCUUUACUGCCGCUUCUAUAUGGCUUCUCCAAAAAAGAACGCAAAAUCGCUGGUCUUCUCCACUUGAAAUUCUAAAGUUGCCAAUGAAAAGCUGACAGUAGAGGCUGGGGCUCGAGAUUUGUGACCAUAUUGUACUGAUUGGUGUAAAUUUUUCUAUGGGUUUAUUACGUAAUAGUGUUUGUAUGUACGGUUGCAAAAGUAAAUACGGCCGAGAGCUAUAUAAAUGCAAAUAGUUCUUGUAAUUCCAUUUCGUAAUGAUUAUUAUUAUCAGUACAGGUGCUGCUCGCCAUUAUAUUUUUUGUGAAUAUUUCUUAAUUCUUAUUAUACUUUAUUACAAUAGGGAAUCUAAUGUCUUUUUAUUUUAGAAUGUCUUGUGUUAAAUAUUAGUCAAUUUAGAUUAUUGUUAGAAUGUUAAUUGUAUUAUUUAUCUCUACAUUCAAAAUUGUUAUCAAGGUCAACGAUGUUAAGGCGCAAUGUUUAUGUUAGCUUGCAAGUAUGCAUCUACAACAAUGUAUGAAUGAACGCCUUAUUCGUGAUGAAUUAUUAAUUGAUUGAAAUUUAAAAGUACACCUACCAACGAGAACAGGGGCUGGGUCACAAGAAUAGAAUUAUUAUUACUGAGAAAACUGUUGAUAUUGACUGGUAUAAUUUUUAUCAAGUUUCUUUUGUUUGGUAAACAUCGUUCUAAUUUUAAUUAUAAAUAAAUUACCCUUUUUACAACCACAAA